CACUCUCUCUCUCUCUUUCCGUUUAUUAAAAAAGAAAAAAACUGUACAUUCAAACCCCAAAAAAGUACAUCAGGGAGAAAGUGAAAGGAAGGGAAGAAAACAAUGGUGGAUGAUUUCAUGGUAUGUGUCGACAAAAUUAUAGCAUCUGCAACUUGUUUUGAGUCUUCUUCAGUGAAUGAAGGACAACCAAACUCAAAUACAGCUGCUGGGAAUACUAAUGUUGUUUUUCCUAUGACGAAAGCAAGUGGUGAUGGUGAUGGUGGAAAAGAAGGAGAUGGAAAAACUGGGUAUAGUUCAAAGAAGGUGAAAGAGGUGGUGGAGUGUAGGAUAUGCCAAGAGGAAGAUGAUUUGCUUUCUUUGGAAGCUCCUUGUGCUUGCAGUGGCACACUCAAGUUUGCUCACAGGAAGUGCAUUCAAAGAUGGUGCAACAAGAAAGGUGACAUAACUUGCGAAAUAUGCAAACAGGUUUUUUCACCAAAUUAUUCUCUUCCUCCGACCAGAAGCAAUCCAGAUGUUCUGGCAAUUGACAUUAGGCAAACAUGGAGCCCGCAUAUUGAUCUCCGUGACUCGCACCUUCUGGUGCUAACUACUUCUCAAAGCCAACUACUCCAAUCAGAGUAUGAAGAUUAUGUUGCUGCAAAUAGCAGUAGCCUUGCCUGUCUUCGAUUGGUUGCCCUCAUUUUGCUAAUCAUCCUGCUCGUACGCCAACUUCUUAUGUUGACAAGGGAUUUUGGCAUGAUACAGGAGGCAUCAACUUUCAUUAACUUUCAGGUUUUGCUUCUCCAAUUUGCUGGCUUUCUUCUGCCAAUGUAUGUGGUGGCCCGCACAUGGUACUUACAAAACCGAAGGAGGAGACAGGGUUAAACCAGCAAUGUGUUAUCUGCAUUUUCGGGUAGGAGGCUGUUGCAUUGGUGAGGGCAGAGAAGCAAGUUGUGUUGUUUUCCAUAAUUGCAAAAAGGCAAUUUCCCAAGUUGUAAUGAAUGAAAAAAUAGCCAAAAAAGAAUGGCUGAAAUCCUUUGUAUCUGUCUAUUGAAGAACUCGGAAGCAAUUGUAUAUGUGAUUACGAGUUUUCUUUUA